CCCUGGCGCGGCCCGUAGCGAGCUGCCUGGCCCCGCCCCCCGGCGACGCUAUAUAAGGGGCAGCGCUGCGCGGCCGCCCGACUCCACGCAGCCGCCGCGGCCGGGAGGGCGACAUGGCGUCCACCAGCCGUUUGGAUGUACUUCCACGAGUGACUUGUCCAAACCAUCCGGACUCCAUUUUGGUAGAGGAUUACAGAGCUGGUGAUAUGAUUUGUUCUGAGUGUGGGCUGGUAGUAGGUGAUCGGGUCAUAGACGUUGGGUCAGAGUGGAGAACUUUCAGCAAUGACAAAGCAACAAAAGACCCAUCUCGAGUUGGAGAUACCCAGAAUCCUUUGUUGAGUGAUGGUGACUUGAGUACAAUGAUUGGCAAGGGCACAGGUGCAGCAAGUUUUGAUGAAUUUGGGAAUUCAAAGUACCAGAAUCGUAGAACUAUGAGUAGCUCUGAUCGUGCAAUGAUGAACGCUUUUAAAGAAAUUACGAACAUGGCAGACAGAAUCAACCUCCCUAGAAAUAUAGUUGAUCGAACAAAUAAUUUAUUCAAGCAAGUGUAUGAGCAGAAGAGCCUGAAGGGAAGGAGUAAUGACGCUAUUGCUUCUGCUUGUCUCUACAUAGCCUGUAGGCAAGAGGGUGUUCCAAGAACAUUUAAAGAAAUAUGUGCAGUGUCCAGGAUUUCAAAGAAGGAAAUAGGCCGGUGUUUUAAACUCAUUUUGAAAGCUCUGGAAACCAGUGUUGAUCUGAUUACAACUGGAGACUUCAUGUCAAGAUUCUGUUCAAAUCUGGGUCUUCCCAAACAAGUACAAAUGGCAGCCACACACAUUGCCCGUAAGGCCGUGGAAUUAGAUUUGGUUCCUGGGAGAAGCCCUAUCUCUGUAGCAGCUGCAGCGAUUUAUAUGGCAUCACAAGCUUCUGCAGAGAAAAGGACACAAAAAGAAAUUGGUGAUAUUGCUGGUGUGGCUGAUGUUACGAUCAGACAGUCGUACAGGCUGAUCUAUCCUCGGGCUCCUGAUCUCUUCCCAGCAGACUUCAAGUUCGAUACCCCAGUAGACAAGCUACCACAGCUGUGAGAUUGCUGAAGGCUCCUUUAAUUUCUAUUAACAAAAAAAAAAGAAAAACUUUUGAUUUUUUUUUUUUUUUUGCCUAUAAUAAAGGAUGUACAAAGUGUUAAUAUUGAGUCUUCAUGUUGUGGAACUGGAGGAUACUGCCAGAACGCAGCACACAUUCCAAGGGUAAACAAGCUCGUUGUGUGGCAUUUUGUAUGUAUAUAUUAGUGGAAGUAAAUAUUUAAUGACUGUUGCAACAAACUUAAUUUCAUAUUGUUGUACUUACUUAGAUUUCUUUUGUAGGGAUCUAGUAAAAUGUAUUUUGGAAAAUUGAAAAUAUUCUGUAAUUCCUGAAUAAACUGUUUUCCAAAAACACUUA